GUGGUCCUGGAGCGCUUGGUCGAGAUGUUGGCCUUCGACGACAGGCCCUCUCCUUCCAGCCGGGGUGUGUCUAUGGCAGAGGUCGGAGUUUUCAUGGGCGAGACGUGCGCCUCCCUGCUGGCGAAGCACCUACCGUUGGAGACGGUCCAUCUUGUCGACCUCUGGGACAACAACCCGACCUACCAGGGUGUCCUUCGCGAGAAGAGCCACCUGGGUGACGUGUCUGCAAACGAGGCCCGGCAGCGAGUGGAGCAGCGCUUCGCACAGUACGCCCGGACCUACUGCUUCGAUGGCACCUCAAGCGCCCAUCGACCCUAUCAGGGGUCAGUUCUUCCUUCGAGCGGUCCCUGGCAAGCGCCCCUGUGCCCGGAGGUGGAGGAGAACACGAACCUGCCAAGAGUUGCGAUUCAUGCCACCACCUCGUUAACAGCGAGCUCUCGUCUUCCAUCUCGCUCGUUGGACCUUGUCUUCAUCGAUGGGGCACACGACUACGAAAACGUCAAGAAG